CUCUCUCUGUUUCUCUCUCUCUCUCGGGCCUGAGGAGAGUGAGAGCGGAGCUGCGCGAGCUUACACUGAUUCUUCUCGAGCGCCUUGACUUUCUUCUGCUGCUCCUACAAAAUACCAAGUUUAUCCCCAUAGAAAGCGCUGCGAAAACUGCUCAGACUUCACAAUCAGCGUUGGAAUAUCAUUUCAAAGCGUUUUCCCAGCUUUCCGCCCGGUUUCUGGACUGCGAGACAUGGAUAGAUGGAAAAGUUUGGCUGUUUUUGGUGUCUGAGGGAGUUCGAGAGCGAUGAGUCCCGCGAAGAGAUUUCACACAUCUGACUGGAAAAACACUCAUUUACUGCGCUCAUCUGCACAAUUAACCACUUAUUAAACUCAGCCAGUGGAGAUAUGACUAUAGAAGUGGCUCUCUGUCCCGCUGGAGGUGUGAUGUGGAUCUGUGACGCCGGUGUGUGUCCAGAGGAGCAGAUGUAGGGGUCCGAUGGUGUGUUAAAGGCACCAUGGGGAGCUGCUGUAGCUGUCCCGAUAAAGAGAUCAUCCCUGACAACCAUCACAACAAAUUCAAGGUGAUAAACGUGGAUGAUGACGGUAAUGAGCUGGGCUCGGGUGUGAUGGAGUUGACGGAGGAAGAGCUGAUUCUGCACACGCGCAAACGAGACGCCGUGAAGUGGCCUUACCUCUGCCUGCGGCGAUAUGGCUACGACUCCAACCUCUUCUCCUUCGAGAGCGGCCGGCGCUGCCAAACCGGGCAAGGGAUAUUUGCGUUCAAGUGCGCGCGGGCAGAGGAGAUCUUUAACAUGCUGCAGGACAUCAUGCACAACAACAGCAUCAGUGUGGUGGAGGAGCCGGUGCUGGAGCCCGAGCUUCCAGUGACGCCUCACACUCCCACCACUCCUGGUUACUCGGUCCCGACGGUAGCCAAUGGGAUCGGCCGCUACCCAUCAUUCGGCGACGCCUCCUCGCGGCCGUCCAGCCGUCACCCUUCGGUGGGCAGCACCCGUUUACCCUCAGUAGGGGAGGAGUCCACACACCCACUGCUGCUCAACGACGAGACGGUGCACACUUAUGUCAACACGACGGGUCUACAAGAGGAGCGGAGCUCUCGGGUCGGUGGCCACGCCCCUCUAGAGCUCCGGACGUCCAAUCCAGAGAGCGCAGCCCCAGCAUCGCCCAAUGAGCUGGAGCCACACGUGCUUCUAGAGCUGGAGGCUGUGAAGUUUGUUUUAGGCCCCACGCCUGUCCAGAGACAGAUGCUGCUCAAGGAGAGACCGCAAGAGCCGGGCGAGCAGGACACCGUAGCGGUGGGCCCGAGCACUAACGCCGCUUCUCCUGCAAAAACUGUAAACGGCGGCACAGACUGCGACACAGGCUACGACAGCGACGAGCGCAAGGAGACGCCGCAUGAGACUCAUAACGGAGGAUCUGGAGCGAGACGCAACAGACCUCCCGUUCCACUCCCGGACGCCCACAACGCUAACAACUCAGCCCAGCGGCGGACCGCGCUGCUCAACUACGAGAACCUGCCGGCGCUGCCGCCCGUCUGGGAGACCCGCAAACCCAACAGCGAGGCCGAGGACAUGGAGGAACUCAAAUCUCCAUCUCUGAACGGCUUCCACUCGCUCGAUCACAACUACGUGAACACGGAGAAUGUCACGGUGCCGCUCAGCGCACACAAACUCCACAGCACUCAGCCCACCGUAUUCAACUUCGACCUCCGCAGGCUCGGCCAGCUCAACUACAUCGAGGUGGAGAUGGACAAAGUGUCAGACUCCAGCGGGCCGCACACCCCCAAAACGCCCUCCACGCCCCUGCCGCCCACCCCCACGCGCCGGACGGAGCUGUACGCCGUCAUCGACAUCGAGCGCACCGCAGCCAUGUCCAGUCUGCAGAAAGCCCAGCCGCGGGACGAUGGCACAUCCAGGAAAACACGACACAACAGUACCGACCUGCCCAUGUGACCCGAGCAGCCAGAACACAGUGUCUCUCUCCAAAACACGUCUUGGUCACAUUUCACUACUGAAUAUAGACACAUACAUCAUUAUAUUCCAAAUGAAGCCUGUUUUAUACAUGCAAACCAAAGCUGCAUUUAUUUGAACAAAAAUAGAGGGAAAAUUUUGAAAUAACAUUAAAAUUUUGAGUAAGUGUGAAGAUCUGUUCAAAUGUAAUUUAUUGCGGUGAAUUUUCAGCAUCAUUCCUCCAGUCUUCAGGGUCACAUGAUCUUCAGAAAUCAUGAAAAUAUACUGAUGUGCUGCACGGUUAUUAUCAGUGUGUUUUUGCUGCUUAAUAUCUUUGUGGAAACUGUAAAACAUUUUGUUUAUCACAAUUCUAUAAUGAAUAGAAAGUUCAAAAGAACAGCAUUUAUUUGAAAUCUAAUUAUUUAGCUAACAUUAUAAAAAAGUGCAAGUUAUGCAUCAUUGCUAAGUAAAUGCAUUAUUACUAUUAUUAGUACUAUAUAUUUGUUUACCCACUACAAACUUAGUGGAAGUAUGUCAGUUUCCACAAAAAUAUUGAGCAGCACAACACGUUUUUCAACACUGUUAAUAAAGCAGCAAAUCAGUAUAUUAAAAUGAUUUCUGAAGAUCAUGUGACACUGA